AUGAUGAUUAAAAAUUUCAUUUUAACUGUAUUUUUAUUAGUUUGCAUUAGUGCUUUUGUAAACUCUCAAAGUACUGUUGGUUUAAGUGGUGCAGCAUCAGUAUCAUUGGAUGGAGAUGUAAUCCGUUCAUAUGUUUAUACUGAUAGUAAUAUACUUUCACCAUCAUUUACAUUAACAGGUGUUUCAGUUGGUGGAACUAUUUUAAAUGGUGGAAAGGGUGGUAGUGUUUCAGUUGAUACAUCAAUCUUUAAACUUGAUACAAUCAGAGGUCUCGUUAAAGUUUUCCCAACUUACUUUUUCAAUUACUUUGAUUUCAAAGCUGACACAAAUCAAGGAAUAAAUGUUAAUGCUACUUCACUUUCAUCAAUUUUCAUGCCAACUUUUAUCGUUGAAUAUGAGGAGACCAAUAAUCAAGAAGGUUUCCAAUAUGGUCAAGACGAUUUAUUAGGUUAUGUCAAUCUUGCUAUUUUACCAUACACCCUCUCCAAAGAAACCACUCAAUUGGAAGUUGAUGGUAAAGAUUUCACAGUUUAUCAAGUCAACUUAACAAGUUCCGGCUCAAAAUAUGCAAACUUAUUCCAAAUGGUAUUCUACGUAUCAGGUGCACCAAUCGAUUUGGCCGAUAGCAGAUUAUCAGCUGAGCAAUCUAAAGUCGAUAUUUUAAUCAAUGGUUACUAUGGUUCAAACAAUGUUAAAGAUUGUGCAAUCAAUGGCAAUGUCAUCACUGCUGGUUGUAUCUCAACUGGUCCAUCAUCAAACCCAAAUUCAAGAUUAGCCCUCACUUCAUUCUAUGCCACCGUCGGUUUAGAUUUCUCUCUCAAUGGUGAUGGUGAAAUCAAUGUUGAUGGUACCCCAUUAAAUGCUGGUUUCUCUUGGGUUUCAAAUGCUCAAGUUAAAGUCGAUGGUAGUUCAGAUGUUAAAACUGUAAAUAUCAUUGCUAAUACCACCGCCAGUGAUGCCGAUGGUAAAGUAUUUGGUUCUGCCUCUGUUAAUGGUGCUUUAAGUGGUAAAGUUUUCAGUAAAUUCUUAGUCCACUCUUUUGAUGCCGUUAGACCAAACACUCUCUUAUGGGAUCCAAGUAUUGGUGCUUCAGUUGAUAAUUCAGCAACUUCAACAAUUUUCUCUUUUGGUUUAAUCUUAUCAUUAGUUUUAUUUGUAUUAUUCUUAUAA